CAGCGGGGGUGUGGAGAAGGCGGGGUGUCUCAGCGUGCACCCAGUUAUCUGCAAUAAUUGUAGCCUCGGGCUCCUCCUGGCACGAUGCGCCGACCGGGAAACCCAGCGCGCCGCGGCUAGAACAGGCUCCAGCGCCUCCCCGGCAGGCCUUUUAGCCCAUUUCCUAAUAGAUCGGGCGGAGACGAGUCGCCUGCGCGGGAGACCGCCAGAUAUUGUUCCUCUUCCCUCUACCAUCUUCUUAAUUAUAAAUCAUGGGGAAUGAAGAUGAAACAAUUGAAUGUCAAGAUUCAGAAGCAUCCACAGGGAUGAAUCACCCACCCCCUGCGCAUCAAGAAACGCAGGAGGAGACAGUUAUCAACCUCAAAGGUGUAAAUGGAAAUGAACCAACAGAAGGAAGUAACCUUUUGAAUAGCAGUGAAAAAAAACUACAAGAAACUCCAACUGAAUCAAAUCACUUACAAAGACUGAGACAAACAUUGGCUUGCCCUCCACAUGGUUUACUGGACAGAGUAAUAACAAAUGUUACCAUGGUUGUUCUUCUAUGGGCUGUGGUUUGGUCAGUUACCGGUAGUGAAUGUCUUCCUGGAGGAAACCUAUUUGGAAUCAUAAUUCUAUUCUACUGUGCUGUCAUUGGAGGUAAACUUCUGCAGCUCAUUAAGAUACCUACAUUGCCUCCACUGCCUCCUCUUCUUGGCAUGCUGCUUGCUGGGUUUCUCAUCAGAAAUAUCCCCGUCAUCAGUGAUAAUGUACAGAUCAAGCACAAGUGGUCUUCCUCUUUGAGAAGCAUAGCCCUGUCCAUCAUAUUGGUUCGUGCUGGCCUUGGGCUGGAUUCCGAGGCCCUGAAGAAGUUGAAGAGUGUCUGUGUCAGACUCUCUUUGGGUCCCUGUCUUGUGGAGGCAUGCGCAUCUGCUCUUCUUGCCCACUUUCUAAUGGGUUUACCAUGGCAAUGGGGAUUUAUACUGGGUUUUGUUUUAGGUGCUGUAUCUCCAGCUGUUGUGGUGCCUUCGAUGCUCCUUUUGCAGGGAGGAGGCUAUGGUGUUGAAAAGGGUGUCCCAACCUUACUCAUGGCUGCUGGCAGCUUCGAUGACAUUCUGGCCAUCACUGGCUUCAACACAUGCUUGGGCAUAGCCUUUUCCACAGGCUCUACAGUUUUUAAUGUCCUCAAAGGACUUUUGGAGGUGGCAAUUGGUGUGGCAACUGGAUCUCUUCUUGGAUUUUUUAUUCAGUACUUUCCAAGCAGUGACCAGAGAAAACUUGUGUGGAAGAGAGCAUUCCUUGUUUUGGGGUUCUCUGUGCUAGCUGUGUUCAGCAGCGUGUAUUUUGGUUUCCCUGGAUCAGGAGGACUGUGCACAUUGGUCAUGGCUUUCCUUGCAGGCAUGGGAUGGAGCAGCAAAAAGGCUGAGGCUGAAAAGAUAAUUGCAGUUGCCUGGGACAUUUUUCAGCCCCUUCUUUUUGGACUGAUUGGAGCAGAGGUAUCUAUUGCAUCUCUCAGACCAGAAACUGUUGGACUUUGUGUUGCCACCCUGGGCAUUGCAGUAUUGAUACGAAUUUUGACUACAUUUCUGAUGGUGUGUUUUGCUGGUUUUAACAUGAAAGAGAAGAUAUUUAUUUCUUUUGCAUGGCUUCCAAAGGCCACAGUCCAGGCUGCAAUAGGAUCUGUGGCUUUGGACACAGCAAGAGCACAUGAAGAGAAACAGUUAGAAGCAUAUGGAAUGGAUGUUUUAACAGUGGCAUUUUUGGCCAUCCUCAUCACAGCCCCAAUUGGAAGCCUACUUAUUGGUCUGCUGGGCCCCAGGCUUCUCCAGAAAGUUCAACAUCAAAAUAAAGAGGAAGAAGUUCAAGGAGAGACUUCUAUACAAGUUUAGAGGGAGCUUGGGAAUUCCGUUAGAGGAACUUGAUGGACCACUUUGCGGACCGAAAACACAAAGCUUCUGGGCCCCCUUCAACCAGAGCAGCUCUGCUUUCGUUUGUUUCAUACGCAAGUUUUCACAUGAUUUCAUCUGCAAAAAAAUAAAUAAAUAAAAUAAAAAAGGUUUUUAUAUUGAUAACA